AUGCCUGUCUAUGCCGAGAUUUUCGAGGUCUCCAUUGGACUUCAGUGUGCCAGCACAGAACUCUCAAUAUUCUCUCGCAAAGCUGGCAGUCCCGUCAAAAUUGCCUAUCCCAUCUGCAGGCAUAUAGCAGUACAUGUUGUCACUAGCGGACUUCAAGCAUGCAUGUUCCUGUUUGCUUCUCCACCAAUGAUAUGGGUCAUUCCACAACUGUUUGUCACCACAAUCCAAGCCAAUGUGGCCUUUCAUUCAACCUUAACGAAGCAUGACACACAGCAGAACUUGAAUCUGCAUAUCUUCACGUCUUUACUCAAGGUCAGAACGGGUCUAUCCAUCUUGCUAUGCCGAGGCUGGUACAGGCAUUUCAACAACGGCUUGCUGCCACACUACUUGGUCAUGUGCAGCUCAUGCCAUACUUUGAGGGCUACUGUGGCAGCCCUUGUUUAUGAGUUUUGUAUUGGCCACCAAGUGCCAUGUCAGCAACACAUCACCAACUACAUUCGAGUCCACCAUACAUCUUUGGACUUGGGAGAGUCUGCAGGCCAUGAAGGCAUGCAGAAUGGACACAGAGAAGUGUCUGCCACUGACACAGACAUACUGAACAAACUUGCAGCAGGACACGGGAUUUCACGAUAUGAAGAGAUUGGAUUGUUAGAAGAAUAUGUGUCCAGACUGCAAAGCCUGGAUCAAGACCACCCUUCCAACCUGGAUUCUUAG